GUAGGAAGUAGCCCAAUGUACACACCUUUUCGUGUUUUUAAUACCUCUCUAACUAACAAUAAUUUAUACGUGAGUAGCGUUCUCUCAUAUGUUUUCGAAAUGAUCAGUCGUCGUAUGAACUAAGAAAGCGCUCAACAUAUGGUCUGUGGAAAACGUAUGACAAGUUGUGGCACAGGUCAGUUGACAAGGUUCUCUCCAUGAGUCACAGUCGGAAUCCCCCACCCAGGGGACAGGGGGCAGCGCGAGCCAAACAGAUGGGGCUGCUCCUGGAUCUGUCUCCGGAUGGAGGGAUGGAUGAAGGUGGAAAUGAAAAGGAGCUGGAGGCGGAGCUACUGGCUCUGAUGGGAGGGGACAGGUCCCAGGGGAAGAGAGGGAAAGCUCCAGUUCCAAUGGCCGACAUCGAGCGUAUGGCGGCUCUGUGUAUGAAGGACCUUGAUGAUGAUGAUGUUGGGGAUGAAGAUCUGGAGGAUGACGAUGAUCUCCUGGCUGAGCUGAAUGAGGUCUUGGAGGACAAUGAUGAUGAUGAAAAGGUUCCUGCCACCCCUCCCAGCUCUAACUCCACCCCCCGCUCCACCCCCACCACCCCUAGUGGUACAACCGGGCUGGAGGCCUGCCUGGCUGAACGCAUUGACAUGUACCAGACGGCCAUCUCCAACGCCAAGGCAGAGGGGGAGAUGAGCAAGGCUCGCAGAUACGACCGCGGGUUGAAGACGUUGCAGUCCAUGAUGGCGUCAGCCAAGAAAGGAAAACCAAUCAACGAAGAGGCAAUCCCGCCUCCUGUCGCCACAGGUGGAAAGCCUGCCCCAGCCCCCGUGCAGCAGCUUGAACCAAUCAAAGAGCGGGGGCCGCCAACCCCAGUGAUGACGCCCUCCCCGUUCACCAAUCAGAAGCAUCUGAGGGAGGCUCCGCAUGUUGCCCCGCCUCCUAAGCCCCGCCUCCUGGUCCCCCCUCAGAAAAACACUGCCGUUACCCCGGAUACGCCCGCUAUUUCCCCCCUCACCCCCAUUCAACCGGACGCACGGCACUCAGAGUUGAAGCAGUGUGUUCUAAACAGACAGAGGGAGUAUAAGCUUGCAGCCCUCCAAGCCAAGCAGGGAGGAGAGUCAGAGCUGGCCAGACAACACUACCACAUCGCCAAGAAACUAGACCCCGUAGUAGAGGCAUUGGACAGAGGGGAACCAGUGGACCUCAGCUCUCUACCUCCCCCUCCAGGAGAUGCAGUGGUAGAGCGUUCUGCUCCUCCUCCUCCCCAGUCUUCCUCCAGACCCUCCCCUGCCGCUCCCCCUGCAGCUCCCCCGGUGGCCGACUCCGCCCUCCCGGCCCCAGGCAGUGUAGGGGAAGCGUUACAACAGAGGAUGGAGCGAUACAAAGCUGCAGCAGAAGGGGCCAGGAGUAAAGGAGACGACCGCAAGGCACGCAUGCACCAGCGCAUCGUCAAGCAAUACCAGGAUGCCAUCAGGUCUCAUAAGUCUGGACGACCAGUCAACCUAGCUGAUCUACCUGUACCACCAGGCUGUCCUCCGCUGCAGGGCUCAGAGAGCGGCCAACAGAACUUCAUGGGCGUCCUGGAGACGGCCAUGAAACUAGCCAAUCAGGACGCAGACGCAGAGGACGAGGACGGACCAGGGGAAUUGGCAAAGCCUGCAGUGGGAGCUCCAGUCCAGAAAGGCAAAGCUCCGACCCCUCCCACACCAGGUUCUGGAGGCAACACAACACAGGGCUCCAGACUGGGGCCUAAAGCCCAGCAGCAGUUGGACUUCCUGUUGCUGCGGCGGCAGGCGUUCAUCCGCGCGGCGCUGCGUUCUAAACAGAUGAAGGACAUGCAGGGAGCAGCAGUCCAUCUCCGACACGCUAAGGGACUGGACCAGAUGAUCAGCGCCACCAAGGGAGGCCUGCCUGUAGACAUCACCAAGGUCCCCAGUGCUCCAGUCAGUGAGGAGGACUACUCUCUGUCUCGGUCUCAUUCCUCUCCUCGCUCCUCAGAGCAGUACAGCAGCCUCAUGGAGCUCCUCCGACAGCAGCACCAGAAAUGUCUGGGUUACUCACAGCAGUUCACUCACAUGGGAAGCGUGGCCGAGACCUCCAGGUUUGAGAAGCUGGCAGAGGAGUGUAUGCAGAACAUUGAGGUACUGAAGAAGGCCCACGCCAAGGGCCAACCUGUCCCCAAAUACCACACUGAGGAGAGGACCUUCAACACUGUCAAAAUGUAUCCUAACCUGACAGCCAAUGAGAUGAUGCUGUACAUCGUGAAGGGUAUCAAUCUACCUGCUCCCUCAGGAGUAUCUGCUAGUGAUCUGGACACCAGUGUGCGCUUUGAGUUUCCUUUUCCUAGUGCGGAGGAGGCCCAGAAGGAUAAGACCAGUACAGUGAAGAACAGCAACAGUCCAGAGUUUAAAGAGCAGUUUAAACUGAACAUCAACCGUCAACAUAGAGGCUUCAAGAGGGUCAUCCAGGCCAAAGGCAUCAAGUUUGACAUCAUCCACAAGGGGGGUCUGUUCAAGGGGGACAAAGUGUUGGGGAACGCUCAGCUGAAGCUGGACUCACUGGAGAACCAAUGUGACAUCAGACAGAUUAUAGAGGUGUUGGAUGGUCGUAAGGCUACAGGAGGUAAGCUGGAGGUGAGGGUAAAGAUUCGGGAGCCGCUGGGAGGAGCACAGCUUCAGACCACCACAGAGAAAUGGCUGGUCCUAGACCCUCUACCAAUCACCACCCCCGACAGAGAGAGAGAACAACAGUCCCCCUCUCUCUCUUCCCCCCAGUCCCCCUCUCCUCGCUCCAAACCCAAGAGUGACCAUGGGAGGAACAAGCAGCCUAACCAGUCCAGCCACUCUCCUGCCCAGUAUAAACUCCACAGCUUCAGUCUACUGCACUACGAUAAGGAGAGACUGGAGAGACAGAUUGGUGAUUACAGGAAGAGUAGGCGGGAUCCUCCGUCUGACCUGCUACAGCAACACAAGGAGGUCACACACAGGCUGCAGUGGCAGAAAGCCCAGCUAGAGAGAGGCUCCGCUACACUACUGUCAGAGUAUGAGAAUGUUUUGCAGCGUUUCGCCCAGGGACUUGCUGAGUCAGUGAAGAAGUUUUCCAGCCAAGGCAACAGGGAUGCUGCUAAGGACGCUCUAGGUCGGCUGAAGAUGGUGGAGACUGAGUUGGAAUCUCUCAAGAGGAAACGCACCGUAUGAGAGGAAAAGGACAGAGGGAGAGUUGGCUGGAGGACUGUUAUAUUACACACACACACACACACACACUCAGGGGACAGGUCCAAGCACCUUUAACAUCUUCAUGACACUCCUAUGUUCCUCUCUGCCUCCUCCACUAAUACUCUCCCUUUUACUCUGUAGUUUAAUUAGUAUUGUCAUUCAUACAAUCCGUUAUGAAGAAGAACCCGUUUGAAUAAUAACAGGCUUGCAUCCCAAAUGGCAUCUUAUUCCCUAUGUAGUGCACUACUUUUGACCAGGGCCCAUAGGGACUAUAUAGAGAAUAGGGUGCCAUUUGAGAUGCGAGGCAGAAAUGGGCUCCUGUGAGAUUGAAAGUGACAUGAAGACAGAACCCAGGGCAGGAGAGAGAAAGCCUUAUUUGCACUUCAAAACAAAACACUACCGAUAUUAACAAAACCCUGCCGCCUUCAGAAUAGUCCUUAAAGUCCUUCAUUGGUUCUCUCUCUUUCUCUCUGUUCAGAGAGUGGUGUGUGAUGGUUCUCCUCCAGGUGUGGUGUGUGUGUGUGUGUAUGUGUGUGUGUGUGUGUAAUGUUAAUGAGCUUAAUCUAAUCUUUCUGCUCCACUAUUCCCAGAUAACUGUAAUCUGACCCGUUUGGUGCUGUGUGAUAUGGGAGUAAAACCGGGGUUCCGGGCAUGGGAACUACAUCCCAUAAUGAAGGAUUAGCUAACACUGGUGUCGCCAUGGAGAUGCCUCAUUCAGGGAAGUGAGGAGAGGAGGUACUCCAGGGGUUCAAUUGAAAAGGACAGAGUUAGAAUUAGUGUAGAACGGACAUAUAGCUGUAAAAUCCACUGGAUUUGCUUUGAAUUGGGAUGAAUGUAGGUUCUCUAUUAAUUGUAAUUCUAUGGUACGGAGUCUGGGAGCCCGUUUAAAAGGACCCUUCUUAUAGGACGAUAUUUAGCCCAUUGUGAUGUCAUCAAUUAGGCUUGCGUCAUAUGACUAUGAUGUCAUCAGUUAGAAUGUUCAACAAAGGAUUGCGUCCUCACCACAUUGUGAUGUCAUCAGUUAGAGGUCGUGUUACUCUGCUCAGACGUUGCUGACGCCAGAUCUUCAGUCAGGGUGACGGGGGCUGGGAGGGGGUACAGAACAGACUUCAGUCAGGGUGACGGGGAUGGGAGGGGGUACAGAACAGGGAACAGAACAGACUUCAGUCAGGGUGACAGGGGCUGGGAGGGGGUACAGAACAGACUUCAGUCAGGGUGACAGGGGCUGGGAGGGGGUACAGAACAGACUUCAGUCAGGGUGACAGGGGCUGGGAGGGGGUACAGAACAGACUUCAGUCAGGGUGACGGGGAUGGGAGGGGGUACAGAACAGGGAACAGAACAGACUUCAGUCAGGGUGACAGGGGCUGGGAGGGGGUACAGAACAGACUUCAGUCAGGGUGAUGGGGGCUGGGAGGGGGUACAGAACAGACUUCAGUCAGGGUGACGGGGGCUGGGAGGGGGUACAGAACAGACUUCAGUCAGGGUGACGGGGGCUGGGAGGGGGUACAGAACAGACUUCAGUCAGGGUGACGGGGGCUGGGAGGGGGUACAGAACAGACUUCAGUCAGGGUGACGGGGGCUGGGAGGGGGUACAGAACAGGGUACAGAACAGACUUCAGUCCGGGUGACGGGGGCUGGGAGGGGGUACAGAAUAGAGAGGCCUUUGUGUGGUUUCUGGGUCAGAUUGGAGGGCAGAAAGAAAUGGGGUGCGUCCCAAAUGACACCCUAUUCCCUAUAUAGUGCACUAUAGGGUGCCAUUUGGGAUGCUACCCAUGUCCCCAGCGGCAGAUACAGUAGAUGACUUCAUCCGUGUCCAAGCUGGCAUGAUGUCGGCCCCAAAUCCUACAGUGAUCCUCUAAGAAUGAGAAGAAGAGGCUUCACUGUACACACUCUCCCUCACACACACACACACACACACACACACACACACUGUCAGGCUGGUGCAUUCCCGCUCUAAUGCUCAUCAGCAUUCUCCGUGGUUGGUUACGGGACAAACAACCCUGACAGACAGACAGACAGAUGGUCAAACUUACUGGAACCUCACUUCUCUUUUCUCUCUCUCUGUCUAUCCCAC